AUGGGCUUCAUCAUUCUGUGCCUUUGUGUCAUAUUUUGCAUCACGAAAUCUCAAGAGUCUUCGGUGUGGACUAGACACUACGUAGCCGGAAGCACAAUGAUCUGCAAUCCAAUUAUAUGUCCAGAAGGGUUUCAAUUAUCCUUCUGUAAAAAGAACUACACCAACGAUUACUGUCACAGAUGUCAUCAUGGCAGUAUCCAGCCCAAAGCUGUCGACUCGAGAAAUGUUUUUUUCUCCCGUGAGAUCCCAAAGUGUACUGUAGUGGAGACAUUCUGUCCGCCAGAGGCGUCCCUGGCUUUCAGUGAGGAGGGAAAGUCAGUGUGUCAGUGUGACACGUCACGUGGAUAUGCGGGAGACGAUUUUCAAAUAUGUACCAAAUGUUCAAAAUGUCCUCCCGGAAUGGAGUUAAAAAUAGCCGGAAGUUGCGACCAUUGUCCGCCAGGUACAUUCAAACCACUUGAAGGAUAUGGACCGUGCAAACCAUUUACAGAUUGUGAAAUGGAAAACAAGGAAAUUCGUACACCUGGGAAUACAACGACAGAUGUUCAGUGCGGAGAACUACUCAGUACUACGCCAGCUGUAAGUACGACAACCCAGUUAUCGACGUCAUCACAUCUCAGGAAUGAAGAUUUAGACGAUAUUUCUAGAGGUGAAAAUGAAAAAAACAUACAAACACAGUCAAAGGAGGCGCAUGACGAUAACAGUUGCAGGGAUUUGCUGCUGGUAUCGAUUACACAAACUAUCGUACUGUUUAUGACACUCGUCAUCGUUACGAUUUUCCUUUUCAAAAUCAAGGCAUCACUCGCUGCUGCACUCUUGAGGCGAGAAAAAGAGUCUUACGGAGAUGAAAGGCGUCACUUAGUUCGUGAAGAAUGCGAUACAGGAAAUAACAGCUACAGCAAUAAGCUCGAAAGGGAAUUAGAGUACGCUUCACUUCACCAACCAGAAACCACGGAGACGAUAUAUCCAAAGUUAAACAGCAUACCGUGUACACCGACUGCGCCUGGACCAUCAAUCUUUGACGUAUAACAAAGAGUAACAAAAAAGUAAAUACCAACAUACGACAUCAUAAAAAAAUGCAGGCUGGUGAAAAUUAUGGUCUAACGGUCGUCCUUUCAUUGAGAAAUAUUAUAUUUCUUUUGGCGAUAAGCUAGACGUGAUUGAUGCUGGCA